CCCUCCAAACGUUGUUUGACAUACCCAUCGUUGUAGGCUUUGCCUCUGGCAGUUUCUUUUUUAAAAGGCAAGCUCAAAGCCACAGAUUACACAUUUUGCUCACAAGCCGUGCGGGUAAAAUAACAUACAGAGAGAGAGAGAGAGCGACAGCAGGAAUCAGGCAUUGUAUCUCUCAUUUGGAGACGAACAGCUUGCGCGUAAACGGCACCGGACAUCACGCAAGGGAGAGAAACAGGGAUAAUUUAAUUUAAUUUUUUUUUUAUUCAUUGGUGACUGCAAGGUUGAAGGACAGCGUAACUGUGUGUGGAUCGGAUGCAGUGAAAUUUGCGACUUGAGCGCGCAAGGCACCUGUGGAUGCAACACCCCCCCUGACGUUUGGACUCAAAUCUUUCGCAAAAAAAAGGAUUCAGCUCAACAUAUAGGUGAUAAUCGUUGCCGUUUUAAACAAACGCCCUACAUUUUGAAUACGAGAAGCGCGCCAUGCUGUGGAGUGUUUCCUUCCUGCUGGUUCCCCUGCUGAGCAUUAGCGGCUGCGGCUCGUCCUACGUGCCGUGCCAGCCGUGCGAUCAGAAGGCCCUGUCCAUGUGUCCGCCGGUGCCGGUGGGCUGUCAGCUGGUGAAGGAGCCAGGCUGCGGCUGCUGCCUGACGUGCGCGCUCGAAGAGGACCAGCCGUGCGGCGUGUACACCCGGCCGUGCACGCGCGGGCUUCGCUGCCUGCCCAAGAAUGGCGAGGAGAAGCCGCUGCACGCGCUCCUGCACGGUCGGGGGCUGUGCAGGAACGAGAAGUUGUAUAAACUGCUGCAUCCGUCCAAAGACGGAGGAUCUCACGGGGACGCCAUGUUACCAGAUUCCAUGAAGCACCAAACCAAGGCGCCCUUAAGAGACCACAUCAGCAGUCGGAAGGCGCAGGCCAUGAAGCAGGCCAAGGAGCGCAAGAAGCAGCUGGCCAGGCUGGGACCCUCCAGCAACCUGGACUUCUCCCCGCUCAGCCUGGAUAAAGCAGAGCCUGAGUUUGGCCCCUGCGGCAGGAAACUGGAUUAUCUCAUUCAGAGCAUGAAGGACACUUCUCGGGUCUUGGCUCUCUCUCUGUACAUCCCCAACUGUGACAAGAAGGGCUUCUUCAAGCGCAAGCAGUGUAAGCCGUCUCGUGGUCGGAGAAGGGGGAUCUGCUGGUGCGUCGACCGGUUUGGCUCGAAGAUCCCCGGCAUCAACUACACGGAGGGAGACCUGCAGUGCAAAGAUCUCGACAGCAGCAGCAACAGCAACGAAUGAGAGGGGACUCGCCGUUCUUCUUAAAAACCUGCCAAUCAAGCUAGCACACGUAAUGACGGCCAAUCAGGAAAAUAUGGCACAGAUGCUUAUUAUGUAUGGUCAGGUGUGAUGGACUGUUUCUUUUUGUUUUGUUUUUUUUAAAGGGGAGCUGAACUGAAAUGCUCCACAUGUAGGUCUAAACUCCGGCUCCCCACUGACCGUAUAUGUUUGAGGUUAGCUAACACCUCACCUCUUUAUAUCCAUAGAUAAUAGAGGAUUAUAUAUAUUUGUAUAAUAUUAAUAAUAUGUUGUGUAUUGAGUGUGUCGCUAAAGUUACUCCAAGAAAUACUAAGACAAGACAUAUUUUCAAUGUGGCAAAAAAAAAAAAUCUUGUUUUUGUCAUUGCGGAUGAUCGAGGAGACACCGUUGAAGAGUUUUCGUCUAAAUUAGCUUUGUUCUACUAAUUGUUACAUAUGUAUGACAACAGGAUGUAAGAGGAUUUUUUUUCUAAAAAUCUAAUAAUGAUUACUGCCAUUGAAUCCUGCCAACUGUCACUGAACACUUCCCCACUUUACUUUGCAGGGGAAAGGGGGGGAAAGGGUUCUGAAGGAUUCCUAUUGAAAUCCUGUUUUUCUCACUAUUUUCACAAACUCAGCCAAAAAACGGAAACAAAUGCUCAAAACUCAAGAAAAUACCAGACAAAAAGUCCACUUUAAAUUUGGGGUACGCUUCACGAAUCAUGUAAAUGUUUUUGCCAUUUAGAGAUGAUUCCUCUCCACAUCUCAAGAAAAGUCAAAAUCGUCAGCCCUAGCACUCACAAACGAACAUCCUGUAUUGUACUGUAAAAGGUUCGAUAUUUGGCGUCUGCCGUUUGUAAAUGUAUGUACAGUGUGUGUCCGUAUGUGUGUACCUAAUGUGCCAUGCGUUUAAAGUUCUCAACUCCAAGAAGCUUAAAUUUCCACUGAGCUACUGUCUGGCAAAUGUGGUGCCGUGCAUUUCCCUUCACACUCAAAUCGUAUGCAAAGGCCCCGUGUUGUUGAUGUUUCCGCGCGUUGGGCGUACAUCCGUUGGCCGACGGUGGCUUGCUCUCGGGGGUUUAUCGGCUCCUAUGUCCCGCAAAGAGUGAGGUCACUGAGUUUGUAUGUAAAUUCGAGUGCCUUCUGCCCCACGCCACUUUGAAUUUUCAUUUGCAUGCAGACCCAUGUGUUGUUGAAUGAGGCCGGCACAAAGGAGGGAAACAAUUUAAGGUGUGUAAGUGGUGUGAAUGUUUUUCAGUUGGUCGCUGACGAACGUUAUCACGAACGACAGAGGACAAUAUUUUUGUUCUACAGCUCAAAUUAUUUGUUUUGUUUGUUAUAAUCUUAAUGUUCAUUUAAUGACUCGUAUAAUCUCAGACGUACCUAAUGCCUAAUCACUAUAUUGUGAUUAUUAGGAUUGACAGGGGCUCAUCAGGUAAUUCUUCCCACUGAAACACCUUUUCAUGCCGCUGAUUCUAACACACCUGUAAACACAACGCAGUGACACUUUUAAGAAUCUUUAAAAAAAAAAAUUAAUGUGAACAUUAUGGUGGAAUAUUUAUCAGGCGUGUAAUUGAUGUACUCGUUUUAUUUGUUUUUGUAAUGACAAAUCAUUAUUUAAAUAAAGUUCAUGUACUCACAAAAAGG